AUGUACCCUGAACAGUCUUCAUUGCCUAAUCCCACACUGCCGGAGACUUCCAUCAGUCCAUGCCGCUCUAGAAAUGGCUGUCAGCAGUGUCGUCAGCGCAAGAGAAAAUGCGACGAGCAGCAUCCACGGUGCUUGGCCUGUGUCGAGAGAGACCUGCCCUGUAGCUGGCAGCGUAAUCCGAGUCGACGGCGCCAGCUCGCUCGCCGCUCUCACAACUUCAACAAGGACUUCACGCUUCCCCAGGAGAUGCAGCCUUUGGUAACAGUGUUUGCUGUACCAUCCACUCCCAUCCAGGAGCGACUCUUGUCGUACUUUAAUACCAAUGGUCCUCUGUGGCUGACCUCUGGGGGCAAUGUCGAAGCCUCCUCAGGCGUCAUUAUCCCAGUUGCCCUUCAAAGUCCCUUGGUCAUGAACUGCGUCUUAACGGUAGCGGCAGGCGACUUGGGCAAAUACCAACCGGCAAAUACUGAAAUGACCAGCUUGGCGUGCGGCUUUUACGGCCAGGCCAUAGCAGGCAUCCAUUCAGCGCUCAAGAAGGAACUCUCGCCUACAUUGCAACCGGCCUCACCCUCACCAGGAAACUCAACCCUAGAUUCCGGCAGCAAUGAUGAUCAUUCUUCCAGUAAUCCGGGUCUAUCUCCAUCCGUCCAGUUAGGAGAUGAACUGCUUCUAGCUGUUAUUCUCCUCUGCGUACACGAAGCAGUGAAUUUCUCUACCAUCAGUCGCAUUUUCCCCCACCUCGUCGCUGCUGUCACUCUAUGUAACGGCCAUUCCUUCGCCAGCGACACACCAAAUACCGAACUAAGGGGCCUGUUCUUCGAAGUCCUUUGUUAUUUAUUCACACUGACAUCCUUCUCUCACGGCCAUAGCCUUCCACUGCAUCUAAUAACCCCUCGAGUCUUUACUACACUGUUCUCCGCGCCCGACGGCUACAAAGGCGUUUUGCUUGGGAAUCAAUGCCGCGUGAUAUUCUCGCUUAUUCUUCGAGUCUCCAUGCUACAAAGACGUUUAGCCUCACCUUCCGAUCUUGAUGAGACGAGCGCUGCGGAGCUGAGAAUCUUGAAAUCUCAACUUGAGCGACGCGUCACUACCAAUGUCCAAAAUGAAGAAACAGCAGCUUGUAAUGAUAUAGCAGUUUCGGAACUUUAUCGAAUUGCCUGCCUGAUAUAUGUCGAGAAGAUGCUUGACGCUGAAAUUGAAGAUGGCUCGGCAGCUAUACAAAACACAAUGGCGCUGUUUAUAUCAACUCUCGACUCUGUAUCACCAUCUUCACCAGCAAACAACAUUCUUACCUGGCCCUUAUUCGUGGCUGGCAUGUCAUCUGUGGUUCCCUCGCAUCGCCGCCUAAUCAUAGGGAGAUUGCGGAGAAACUAUGAGUCUUGGUGGAGAUCUGAUAUUCUGAGUAAGAGCGCGGAUUUGUUAUCGCAGAAAUGGAAACAGGAUGAGGGUAUCGAGGAUGGCGCAAUAUCGCGGCACACAGGAAAUAUUGCUACACAGUGGCCGGGAGUUGGGAAACAUGUGGCUGACUUCCCACUGGCCUUGCUAUAA